CCAUUUGUCUCUCCAAAAUGCGUUUCACUUCAAUCUUAGCCUUUGCCAUUGUGGGCCUUGUCCUGCUCACAUGGCAGGAUAACAGCAACACUGCCAUGGCUACCUCUUCAAACUCGACGACAUCGAGCUCUGAUAACACGACGACUACCACCACAACAACAACAACCACCACGACAACCACCACCACUGAAGCUUCAGAUGACACAACCACAACCGAAUCCAGUUCUUCAUCUUCAUCCUCAUCAUCAUCUUCGUCCUCUUCCAAGAAGAAGCGCGAGCGUCGUCGUCGUCGUCGUCUGGCCAGGGAGCGCCGCGAGAGGCGCAAGGAAAGACGUGAACGCCGGGCAGAACGCAGGGCUGAAAAAAAGGCAGAGCGCAGGGCUGAAAAGAAGGCAAAACGCCGCAGCGGCUAA